UAUAGCAUAAACAUGGAUAAGGCAUCCUCAAUAAAAACACCACAACCCUCUCUUUCACUUUUUCUACCUCCAUAUUCUCCAUAUAAUAAUUUGUGUCAAAUCAUAUGGAUCUAUAUUAAAACAUACAAAAUCAAUUCAUAGUAUAGUAGUAUAAUUAAAUUUCUUAUCACUUAGAAGUUGGAAAUAACAUAAAAGUACAAGUUGGUCUAAGUGAUAAGAAAUUUAAUUCUUUACAAUAAUAUGAAUGGAAUGUGAAUUAGAUUUCAAUGUUAUUUUGGAAUACAGCUGUUAUAAGAAAAAAGAGAAAUGGAGAUUGAGAUUGAUAUAAAUGUAUGGAAAUAUAUAAAUAAUAUAACUCAAAAUUAAAAUUACAAAAAAAAACUGUUUAUACUUUAUAAAGUUUAUACACACUAGCGCUGUAAAAAAAAGCGGGCAAACGCACUAGUGUUUAUCUUUUCUGUACCUUAAAAAAAUAAAAAAGUUAAGUUUUAUCCAAAUUCAUAAGAAAAAAGUAAACACAAAAUUUAAACAUAAAUUACUUGUAAUAAUAAAACUAACUCCUUUAAGCUCAUAUAUAAUAACAGCUUUCAAGUAACUGUAGAGUGAGUUACAAGUGGCAGAAGAAAAAAGACCAAACCUCUUCUGUAUGUUUUCCAGGUUCAAGUUUUCCUAUCAUGGCUACUAAGUGCAUGCAUGUUUUUGAUAGAUUGAUGUUUUCUGUCACUUGUUGGAAGAAAAGUAGCACACAAACUGGCAGAAGAAAGUUCCAUAGGGAUGUAGAGAAAGAAGAAUUCCAGUAUGCAAGUACUCAAUGUCUAUCAUCCUAUUACAGUGUCUUCGUCGUUCGCCUAGCAAUCAUGGUUAUGCUAGCUAUCUUGAUUGGUCUACUGACCAUCCUAACAUGGCAUUUCACAAAGAUUUAUACAACAAAAUCUCUAAAUAGUUUGGCUUAUGACCUGCGUUACGAACUUCUGCAACGUCCCAUCUUGAGGAUGUGGAACAUUUUGAACUCUACUGCUGAAAUCACAACUGCUCAAGUUAAGUUGUCUGAGUAUGUUAUCAGAAGCCACAACAAACUAGCCACUCAAGAAGAUCAUGUUGAGAUGUAUGAAGCCAUGAGAGCUGUCACAUGGGCACUGUUUUCUAGUCGAAAAGCUCUCAACUCGAUUACUGUCAAAUAUGGAAACGGUUUUGUCCAGGCAUUUCAUAGAGACUUGAAGGAUAAUAAUAGUACUUUUUACAUUUACACUGAUCUUGCAUAUAACGAGACCAGCGAAGCUUUGAAUGAUAAAGAAAUUCAUAACAACAAGACUGUGAUUUGGUACCGGGAACAGCUUGAUCCAGUUAGUGGCGAGAAGAUUGGAAAAGCAAUGAAAAUUGCACCAGAAGACUCGAUAAGUAUAGCUGGCAUGUCACAAGUACCUGAUGGUGUAGCUUCGUGGCACGUUUCUGUGAGCAAGUUUACAGAUUCACCGCUACUUUCAGCAGCAUUGCCGGUUUGGGAUUCUUCUAAUAAGAGUAUUGUAGCAGUUGUCGGUGUCACAACAGCGCUUUAUAGUGUAGAGCAGUUAAUGAAGGAACUAGUUGACAAGCACAGUGGUCAUAUGUAUUUGACUUCUCAAAAGGGCUAUUUGCUUGCAACUUCCACAAAUGACCCUCUACUGACAAAUUCAACAAAGAAACCUAAGCUUAAACUGGCUGUUGAUUGCGAUAACGAAGUAAUACGAGAGGGAGCGAUGUGGCUACAGAAAACCUAUGGAAACAAUUUUCCUCCAAGUCACGAGGUUCAUGUAGAGAAUGCCAGGCUAGGUCACCAGCAAUAUUACAUUGACUCAUUCUUCCUAAACUUGAAAAAGCUUCCUCUGGUCGGUGUAAUAAUCUUACCAAGGAAGCAUAUCAUGGGGCAGGCAGAUCAAAGAGCCUUCAAAACAUUGGUUAUUCUGAUAUCAGCAUCAUUGUGUAUUAUAGUCAUUGGAUGUGUUUGCAUUUUGAUAUUGACAAAUGGAGUAUCAAAGGAAAUGAAUCUAAGAGCAGAAUUAAUCAGUCACCUGGAAGCAAGAAGGAAGGCCGAGGCAUCCAGCAACUAUAAAAGCCAAUUUCUUGCAAAUAUGAGUCAUGAAUUACGGACACCGAUGGCAGCAGUAAUCGGAUUACUUGACAUUCUUUUGUCUGAUGAUUGUCUCACAAAUGAACAAUAUGCAACUGUUACUCAAAUAAGAAAAUGUUCAACCACAUUGCUCCGUUUACUCAAUAACAUCUUGGAUCUAAGCAAGGUGGAAUCUGGAAAACUUGUCCUAGAAGAUGCAGAAUUUGACUUGGGAAAGGAACUUGAAGGGCUUGUAGAUAUGUUUUCUGUGCAAUGCAUUAACCACAAUGUAGAAAUUAUUUUAGACCUUUCUGAUGAUAUGCCGAAGAUAGUUCGGGGAGAUUCUGAUAGAGUUGUUCAAAUUUUUGCAAAUUUGAUCAACAACUCAAUCAAGUUUACUCUAUCUGGUCACAUUAUUCUGAGAGGAUGGUGUGAAAACCCAAAUUCUUAUGGUGAUAACGAAAGUUUUACUAUGGAGCAGAAGAAAUUGGUGUGUUCUCAGAAGACCAUAACAAAGCAGCAUGAAAACACUGCAAAGAAGACUUCUAAUAAUGAUAAGAAAAUGAUACUUUGGUUUGAAGUCGAUGACACGGGCUGUGGUAUUGACCCAAGUAAAUGGGAUUCGGUGUUUGAAAGCUUUGAGCAAGCUGACCUAUCAACUACUAGGCUGCAUGGAGGCACUGGUCUUGGUCUAUGCAUUGUCAGAUCCUUGGUUAAUAAGAUGGGUGGAGAAAUUAAGAUUGUCAAAAAGGAAGGCCCAGGAACACUAAUGCGAUUGUACCUGCGACUCACCGCACCUGUGGAUGCCACAGAACAACAUUGUCAAGUCGAUUUUGCUAACAAUAACUUAGUGGUACUUCUUGCACUACAUGGCAACAUGAGUAGAUUAAUUACAUCUAAGUGGUUAAAUAAAAACGGUGUGGUCACUAUGGAAGCAUCUGAAUGGAAUGGAUUAACACAAGUUCUAAAAGAACUAUUUCAUGCCAAAACUCCAACUCAUAACAAUGACUUCGAUGCACAUUAUUCAGCUCAUCGGGGUCUGAAAUCUAAACUGCUGAGUCUGCAAGAAUUGACAAACCCUAUAUUUGUAAUUGCUGUUGACAUUGAUCUACUUGACUUGAGCACAGAUAUUUGGAAGGAACAGAUUAACUUCCUUCACAAGUACUACGCGAGAGCAAAAUUCAUAUGGUUACAAAACCAUGACUCGUCCAAUAACGUAAAGACGGAGCUUCGCAAGAAAGGACAUAUACUAACUGUCAACAAACCUCUUUACAAAGCAAAGAUGAUUCAUAUUUUGGAAGAUGUCAUAAAGGAAAGAAAUAUUGAGGUACAAAAGAAAAAUACGAUUACUCCAAGAACCACAGUGAAAGAGAGUGAUUUGCAUGAGAGUUUUGAAAUUGAUUAUAAUCAUUGUGAUGUUGCAAGCUCAGAUGGUUCUGACAUAUCGGAAAUUGGUAGUUCUAAUCCAUCAUCACUAUAUCUGAAAAGUAACUGCUUAUUAGGAUUAACUAAUGAAUAUAUGGAACAAAAUAGUUCUAGGAAAGAAGCAUCCGUUUCGAAAAGAGAAAAAGGUGAAGAUUCUGAAUGUAGUAGGGUCAAUGGUUCAACUAAAGCCGUUAAUGGAAAGAAGUCUCUUGAAGGAUUGAGGAUAUUGCUUGCAGAAGACACAGUAGUAAUUCAAAGGGUUGCAACCAUAAUGCUAGAAAAAAUGGGAGCCGUUGUUGUUGCUGUAGGUGAUGGACAACAGGCAGUAGAUGCUCUAAAUGGCACGCUUGGUGUCGAAGAUUGUAGAAUGGAGUCUCUCUUAAAGGAAAGGAACAAAGAAACAUCUCAAACUGAGAUUCUAAGCUUCCCUGCAUAUGACUUGAUCCUUAUGGAUUGCCAGAUGCCAAAGAUGGAUGGAUAUGAAGCAACAAAAGAAAUAAGGAAAUCAGAAGUGGGAAGUGGAUUCCACAUUCCAAUUGUUGCUCUUACAGCUCAUGCAAUGUCAUGUGAUGAAGCCAAAUGUUUGGAAGUUGGCAUGGAUGCUUAUUUAACUAAGCCAAUUGACUUUAAACUUAUGGAGUCUACCAUUCUUUCGCUCACAAAAGAGAAAGCUUAACAUAUGAAAAAGAAGGAUAUGAUAUGGUGAUGCUAACAAAGGAUUGAUCCUAGUCUUAGAUAGCCAAUAAAAAUUAUAAAUGGAAAUUUUUUCUCACCUUCCAACAUGAGUUCCCAUGUAUAUACAUAAAAACACAUUAAUUUUGUGUCGUAUGAAAGUGUACUUCUGAACGAUUUUUGUAGUAUGGAAGUAUACUUCCAGAAACAUGAGAGAAUAUUUUAUAUAGUAACAAAGGCAGGCGCAAAAGUAUCGCCCAAAUAUAAAUGUAUAGUAGUUUACAAAUAUCGGCAUUAGGAAAUUUCAACAUUUUUCUGAAUUAAUAACUCAUUUGUACAGCAAAUGAAUGAAGCUUGUUGUGUUGCAGUUUGUUUCUAA